ACAAAUCAGCAAAAACAACAACACAGUCACACUCCAACUCCUUAUCCACAAAAAACAGAUUGGAUUUCUUAUCUUCUUCACUUCACCCUUCUUCUCACUCUCACACCUCCAUCAAUGGACUCCACUCACUAAUUCAAUGCACACUCUCUUCGCCAAUCAGUCUCUCUCCCGCCUUAAACUCUCCCCCAAUCUCUCAAUCCCCUCCCCGUCCUUCUUCCCCCACCAGUUCCCCAUCCCCAAAACCACCACCCACAACAAGCAAAUCUUCAGCCUCCGCGCAAUUCAAAAUCAAGAAACCCAACGAAAUCCUAAUCACCAAAACGACGACGAUUCGUAUGGCGAAGUUAAUAAAAUCAUCGGGAGUAAAGCUCUGGAAGACGCCACCGGUAUGGAGUAUUUAAUAGAAUGGAAAGACGGUCAUGCACCUUCGUGGGUCCCCUCUAAUUUCAUCGCUAAAGACGUUAUUGCUGAAUACGAAACGCCGUGGUGGACCGCCGCUAAAAAAGGCGACGACUCAGCUCUGUUGGAGCUUCUCCAAGCCGACGACGACCGAGAUGUCGACACCGUCGACAGCUCCGGUCGCACUGCGUUACAUUUCGUGGCCGGUCUCGGGUCUGAGGCGUGCGUUAGGGUUUUAGCUGAAGCUGGGGCGGAUUUAAACCGCCGUGAUAAUAGCGGCGGUUUAACCGCGCUUCAUAUGGCUGCUGGUUAUGUUCAGCCGGGUGUUGUUAAGUUGUUGACGGAGUUAGGGGCGGAUCCUGAAGUGGAAGAAGACAGAGGGAAAACGCCGUUAGAUUUAGCUAAAGAGAUUCUAAAUGUGACCCCGAAAGGGAACCCAGCGCAAUUUGCGAGAAGAUUAGGGUUAGAAAAUGUAAUUAAAAUUCUAAACGAGGCAAUAUUCGAGUACGCGGAGGUACAGGAGCUCUUGGAGAAGAGAGGCAAAGGUGAUAACGUUGAAUAUUUAGUCAAAUGGAAGGACGGUGGAGAUGAAAACGAGUGGGUUAAAGGAGGAUUUAUCGGUGAGGAUUUGAUUAGAGAUUUUGAGGCGGGGUUAGAGUACGCUAUUGCUGAGAGUGUGAUGGGGAAAAGAGUGGGUGAUGAUGGGAGGAAUGAGUAUCUUGUUAAAUGGACGGAUAUUGAUGAUGCCACGUGGGAGCCUGAGGAGAAUGUUGAUCCUGAUUUGAUUAAGGAAUUUGAUGGUGAUGAUCAGGAGGUUCAAUUAAGUAAUGAUGGUGUUGGUAGUACUGUAGUAGAAGUGUCAAACCCCAAUUGAGUAGUGAGGAUGAGAGUAAAUUACUUGAAAACUAUUGAUUUAAUUUUGUAAUCAGAUUUUCUUAAAUGUCAGUUCUUUUUUCUUUUUGA